UCCUUCCUUUUCAACCUAAGCUAAUAUAAGAACAGUCCUGCGUUUGUCGUGCGGUGAUCAAGAAAGUCUUGGUUUUUGGGAUUGUUCCUUCGUUUCUUUAGCAUCUUUUCAUGUUUUGGGUUGAUUUGGGGAAAUGGGUAUCUUCUCAUUAGUGACAGGAAGGCCAGGCCCAAGUGGGUUUGGAUCAGCCACCACUGCAGAGCAGGUCACUGAAGGCAUCGAUGCAAGCAAUGUCACUGCCAUCGUCACAGGAGGAGCGAGCGGCAUUGGAUUCGAGACGGCGAGGGUCCUAGCCUUGCGCGGAGCGCGCGUUGUAAUUGCCGCGAGAAACACGGACGCCGCCAAUGAAGCGAAGCGGCUGAUUCUGGACGACCAUGGAGAUGCUCGCGUGGAUGUCCUCAAAUUGGACCUUUGCUCCAUGAAGUCCAUCAGAGCAUUUGUCAGCAAUUUCAUCGCUCUUGACCUGCCCCUCAACAUCUUGAUCAACAAUGCCGGAAUUAUGUUCUGCCCUUAUCAGCUGUCGGAAGACGGGAUCGAAGUGCAAUUCGCCACUAACCAUCUCGGACAUUUUCUGCUGACAAACCUCCUCCUGGACAAAAUGAAAGCGACCGCAAGAGUUUCCGGCGUCGAGGGACGCAUCGUGAAUUUGUCUUCUAUAGCUCAUAUGCACACUUACAAGGAAGGAAUUAGAUUCGACGACAUCAACGAUCAGCUGGGUUAUUCUGACAAGAAGGCAUAUGGUCAGUCCAAAUUAGCAAACAUACUUCACGCCAACGAGCUCUCUCACCGCCUGCAGCAAGAGGGUGCAAAUAUUACAGUCAACUCGGUGCAUCCCGGUCUGAUCAUGACAAAUCUCAUGAGACAUUCUUUCAUCUUGAUGAAAGUCUUGAAGAUGUUCACUUAUCUGCUAUGGAAGAAUGUACCACAGGGAGCGGCCACGACUUGCUAUGCCGCACUCCAUCCGAGCCUCCAAGGCGUGACAGGAAAAUACUUCCUCGAUUGCAACGAGAUGAAGCCGAGCGCGCUCGCACAGGACGAGCGUCUGGCCAAGAAGCUGUGGGAUUUCAGCAACGAGUUGGUAGAUUCGGCUUCCAACAUCUCCUAGAGGAAUUACGUCUGC